UUAACAUCCUAUAGUAGUAGUUUAUAAAACGCAACCAAAAUCUCUAUCUGACUAUCUCCACUGCAAAUUUCAAAUACCUUCUUACAUUUUCAUGGAUAUCAUCAAGAAAAGCGUUGGAACUGAAGUUAUCACUGUGGAUAUUCAGGCAACCAAAGAUUUGCUCACUCUUGGCCACCGCUAUCUCGAUGUUAGGACUGAAGAAGAAUUCAAGAAAGGUCAUCUGGAGAAUGCUUUGAACAUUCCAUAUAUGUUUUCUACUCCAGGAGGCAGGGUAAAAAAUCCCAAGUUCCUGGAACAGGUUAUGGCAAUUUUGGGAAAGGAAGACAAUCUUGUUGUGGGUUGCCAAAGUGGGGUUAGGUCUGUGUAUGCAACUACAGAUCUUCUUGAUGCAGAAUUCAAGCAUGUGCUCAACAUGGGUGGGGGAUACAUUGCCUGGGUCGGAAAUGGAUUUGCAGUUAAGAAGUCAGAUGAUGUGAAAAUAUGAUUUGUAUAAGUAUUUAGUGUCCCUUUAUUGCACCUACAAUAAGAAAUGGAUCCACUAUAUUGAAAUGUAGUAGUAGUAUAAUAUUUCAGUGAAAGAAAUGCUACUGUUCGAUAAGCUAAUGAAGCAUAUGAUUUAGUAA